AUGCAGUCCCGGCUCCUGCUCCUCCGGACGCCCGGCUACAGCAGCCCGGCCGCGCGGCGCGUGCGGCUGCUCCUGCGGCAGGUGAUCUGGGGCAGGCCGAGCCGUGACGGGCGGCAGCCAGAGAUCAGACUGUUGCACACUGGGGCUGGGGCUGAAACAGGUGAUACGAUUAAUAUUGGAGAUGUCUCCUACAAGUUGAAAACUCCUAAGAGCCCGGAACUAGUGCCACAGAAUUACAUUUCAGACUCUGUGGCUCAAUCUGUAGUUCAACAUCUAAGAUGGAUAAUGCAGAAAGAUCUUUUGGGACAAGACAUCUUUCUCAUAGGACCACCUGGGCCUCUUCGGCGCUCUAUUGCUAUGCAGUACUUGGAACUGACGAGAAGGGAGGUUGAGUACAUUGCCCUGUCAAGGGACACCACGGAAACUGAUCUCAAACAGCGUCGUGAGAUCCGUGCUGGCACAGCUUUUUAUAUUGAUCAGUGUGCAGUUCGUGCAGCCACAGAAGGCAGAACUCUUGUUUUGGAAGGUUUGGAAAAGGCGGAAAGGAAUGUCCUGCCUGUUUUGAACAACUUGCUGGAAAAUAGGGAGAUGCAGCUUGAAGAUGGACGCUUCCUGAUGUCUGCUGAGCGUUACGACAAACUUCUCCAGGAUCACACCAAAUCAGAGUUGGAUGCUUGGAAGAUUGUCCGUGUUAGUGAAAAUUUCCGAGUGAUCGCGUUGGGCUUGCCAGUACCUAGAUACUCUGGGAAUCCGUUAGACCCCCCUCUCCGUUCUCGAUUUCAAGCUAGAGAUAUUUAUUAUCUACCCUUCAAGGACCAACUUAAGCUGCUGUAUUCAGUUGGAGCCAAUGUUCCUGCUGAGAAAGUUUCUCAGCUUUUGUCCUUUGCCACAACUCUCUGUUCUCAAGAAUCUUCUACUCUUGGACUUCCAGAUUUUCCUUUAGAUAGUUUACCCGCUGCUGUUCAAAUCUUGGAUUCCUUUCCUAUGAUGUCAAUCAAACAUGCAAUCCAGUGGCUUUACCCAUACACUAUAUUAUUAGGACAUGAAGGGAAGAUGGCCGUGGAAGGUGUUUUAAAACGCUUUGAACUCCAGGAUUCAAGAAGCUCUGUACUUCCUAAAGAGAUUGUAAGAGUGGAGAGGAUAACUGGAAACCAUGUCUCCCAAGCGUCUGUGACUAUACAGAUUGCAGAAAAGGAGGUGACCAUUAAGGUGCCAGCUGGGACCAAGCCAUUAAGUCAACCUUGUUCCUCAGACCAUUUCAUACAGACUUUAAGCCAUAAGCAACUACUGGCUGAAAUGAUGCAGUCUCACAUGGUUAAAGACUUAUGCUUAAUUGGAGGAAAAGGUUGUGGAAAAACAGUCAUUGUUAAGAACUUUGCUGACACAUUAGGAUACAACAUAGAACCCAUCAUGCUCUAUCAGGAUAUGACAGCACGGGAUCUACUACAGCAGAGAUACACACUCCCAAAUGGAGACACUGCCUGGCGGUCCUCAUCCCUUGUGAAUGCUGCACUGGAAGGAAAACUUGUCCUCUUGGAUGGCAUUCACCGGGUCAACACGGGCACACUUGCUGUACUGCAAAGGUUAAUCCAUGAUCGAGAGUUGAGCCUCUAUGAUGGCUCUAGGCUGCUGAGAGCAGACAGGUAUAUACGUUUAAAAGAGGAGCUGCAGAUGUCUGAUGAACAACUACGGAAGAGAUCCAUUUUUCCUAUCCAUCCCUCCUUCAGAAUCAUUGCUUUAGCAGAGCCCCCUGUUAUUGGAAGCACUACACAGCAAUGGUUGGGUCCAGAAUUCUUAACCAUGUUCUUUUUCCAUUACAUGAAACCACUGGUCAAAAGUGAAGAAAUCCAAGUGAUUAAAGAAAUGGUCCCAAAUAUACCCCAGGAAGCUUUGGACAAAUUGCUGUCAUUUACACACAAACUCAGAGAGACACAGGACCCAACGGCACAGUCAUUGGCAGCAUCACUUUCUACCCGACAACUGUUGCGGAUUUCUCGUCGGCUGUCACUGUAUCCUAAUGAAAAUCUUCACAGUGCUGUUACUAAAGCCUGCCUUUCCAGGUUUUUACCAAGCCUUGCAAGGUCAGCACUAGAAAAAAAUCUGGCAGAUGCUGCCAUAGAAAGGACAGUUGAUAAUAAUCUGGAACCAGAAUUGAAGGAUUACAGAUGUGAGGUAGCAUCGGGCUCUCUGAGGAUUGGAACUGUCACUGCACCGAUACAUAAUGCCCAUGAGAAAAUGAAAGUGCCUGAUGUUCUAUUCUAUGACAACAUUCAGCACAUGAUAGUGAUGGAAGAUAUGCUAAAAGACUUUCUUCUUGGAGAACACUUGUUAUUGGUUGGUAACCAGGGUGUAGGAAAGAACAAGAUUGUUGACAGAUUCCUUCACCUGCUCAACAGGCCCCGAGAAUAUAUCCAGCUGCACCGGGAUACCACGGUGCAAACCCUUACUCUUCAGCCUUCUGUUAAAGAUGGACUUAUUGUGUAUGAAGACUCACCUUUGGUUAAAGCAGUAAAGUUGGGCCAUGUUCUAGUAAUAGAUGAGGCAGACAAGGCUCCAACAAAUGUCACCUGUAUUUUAAAAACUCUAGUAGAAAAUGGAGAAAUGAUUCUAGCAGAUGGAAGACGAAUUGUUGCAAAUUCUGCUAACGUGAAUGGAAGAGAAAAUGUUGUAGUGAUUCAUCCUGAUUUUAGGAUGAUCGUUCUGGCCAACAGACCUGGAUUUCCUUUCCUAGGCAAUGAUUUCUUCAGUACUUUAGGAGAUAUUUUUAGCUGCCAUGCAGUUGACAAUCCCAGACCCAAUUCAGAGCUUGAGAUGCUCAGACAAUAUGGACCAAACGUGCCCGAGCCAAUCCUUCAGAAGCUUGUGGCUGCCUUUGGAGAGCUGAGGACCUUGGCUGACCAGGGGAUUAUUAACUAUCCUUAUUCUACCAGAGAAGUCGUCAACAUAGUCAGACAUCUACAGAAAUUUCCCACUGAAGGUCUCUCCAGUGUGGUUAGGAACGUGUUUGACUUUGAUUCCUACAACAAUGACAUGAGGGAGAUUUUGAUCAGCACUUUACACAAAUACGGCAUACCUAUCGGAGCAAAACCUACCAGUGUGCAGCUAGCAAAGGAGUUGCCUCUGCCAGAACAGAUAUUCAUGGGUUAUUGGACAAUUGGUCAGUCAAGAAAUGGAAAGCAAAAACUGUUGUGCCCAGCAGAAACUCAUCAUAUAGACAUAAAGGGUCCAGUGCAUAUAAACAUACAGGAGUAUACAAUAGAAAGGCAUGAAGAAAGAUCCCUCAACUUUACUGAAGAGUGUGCCUCCUGGAAGUUACCACUGGAUGAAGUUAACUUAGUCUGUGACAUUGCUACAUUACAGGAAAAUGAAGAGAAUACUCUGUAUGUAGCUCUAUGCAAUCCUGUUACCUUACACUUCAUGGAUAUGACUGGGAAAAGUGCCCACUUUGUGGAUCUUUUUGACAUCUUCCCAAGAGUAGCCAGUGGAAUUUGGCAGCCGUUUGUGACAGUGGCACCUCUGGGAAAUCCCCUCAAAGGUCAAGUGGUUCUCCAUGAGCAGCAGAGUAAUGUCAUCCUGUUGUUAGAUACCACUAGCUGGGCCCUUCGUCGCCUUAUCGUCUGUUCAGAAGAAGAGAACGCAUCUAAGAGAUCUUCCUGGUGGAACAAGGAGGAGGUUGAAACUUAUAAAAUGUGCAAAGAAUUUUCACACAAAAACUGGCUAGUGUUCUACAAAGAAAAUGGGAACAGCCUCACUGUGCUGGAUGUUCUAGAAGGGCGAACUCAUACCAUCUCACUUCCCAUCACUCUCAAGACAGUUUUCCUUGUAGCAGAAGACAAGUGGCUUCUGGUGGAGAACAAAACGCAUCAGAAAUAUCUCUUAACUAAGUCUGCAAACAUUGAUUCUGAGGAUAGUGGGGUUUGCCAGUUGCACAUGUUGAAAGAAGAGCCGCCUAGCACAGGGUUUGGAGUUAAACAAGAGACAGAGCUCAGCAUACCUCAUAAAGUUUCAAGUGAUCAACUCUCAUCUGAAAAUCUAAGUUCAGCUGUGGGACAAAGAAUUGCCUCUCCUAACCGAAUCCUUUCAGAUGAGAACAGUUACGCUACAAUAGUUGUUGGCUUCCCAGAUCUUCUGUCACCCAGUGAAGUUUAUUCUUGGAAAAGACAAUCAUCUUUGAGUAAACCAAAUGUCACUGUUAGAGGGUUCUAUGGAGGAAGGAAGAAAAGAGGUGCUCCAAAACAGACGAAUUGUGUGACUCUCUUAGAUGCUAAUCAGAUCGUCAGGAUUUUGCCUCCAGGAGAAGUCCCUCUAAAAGAUGUCUACCCAAAAGAUGUUAACCCUCCACAAACAGCUGGUUAUAUAGAAGUUACUGACCUCCAAUCAAAGAAACUCCGAUACAUCCCUAUUCCCAGAUCAGAAUCUCUCUCACCCUAUACUUCAUGGCUCUCAAAUAUUUCGGACACGGAUGCACUGCUAGCUGAGUGGGGCAAAGGAGGCAUUGUUACUGUUGACAUGGGAGGUUGCGUCAGGCUUUGGGAAACUGGACUCGAACAUCUGCAACGUUCACUCAUGGAAUGGAGAAACAUGAUUGGACAAGAGGGUGACAGACCUAUGCAGAUAACAAUCAACAGAGAUAGUGGCGAAGAUGUCAGCACCCCCAAACAUGGGAAGGAGGACCCAGACAACAUGCCCCAUGUGGGUGGCAAUACUUGGGCUGGCGGAACAGGCGGAAGAGACACUGCAGGUCUGGGUGGCAAAGGAGGCCCUUACCGGCUAGAUGCAGGCCAUGAAGUGUACCAGGUGUCUGAGGCUGAGAAAGAUGCUGUUCCUGAGGAGGUGCAGCGAGCUGCAAGAGAGAUGGGCCAGAAAGCCUUUCAACAGAGGCUAAAAGAGAUCCAGAUGAGUGAAUACGAUGCUGCAAGCUAUGAAAGAUUUUCAGGGGCUGUUCGUCGACAGGUGCACUCCCUCCGAAUCAUCCUGGAUAAUUUACAGGCUAAAGGUAAAGAAAGACAUUGGCUACGACACCAAGCUACUGGGGAACUAGAUGAUGCCAAGAUCAUUGAUGGGCUGACUGGAGAAAAAGCCAUCUACAAACGCCGGGGUGAUGUGCAGCCACAGCUGGGCAGCCCUCAACAGAAACCCAAACGUCUGUGCCUGGUGGUGGAUGUGUCUGGCAGCAUGUACCGCUUUAACGGGGUGGAUGGCCGGCUCGAACGCUCGAUGGAGGCCGUUUGUAUGGUCAUGGAAGCCUUUGAGAAUUAUGAGGAGAAGUUCAAGUAUGACAUCGUUGGACACUCUGGAGAUGGCUACAACAUUAACCUGGUUCCAAUGAACAAAAUCCCCAAGGACAACAAACAAAGACUAGAAAUUCUCAAGACAAUGUACGCCCAUGCUCAGUUCUGCAUGAGUGGGGACCAUACGUUAGAGGGGACAAAACACGCCAUCCAGGAAAUUGCUAAAGAAGAAGCCGACGAGUACUUUGUCAUAGUCUUGAGUGAUGCAAACCUGUCACGAUAUGGAAUACAUCCUGAGAAGUUUGCCCAGAUCCUGACAAGCAACCCGCAAGUCAAUGCUUUUGCCAUUUUUAUUGGAUCCUUAGGUGAUCAAGCAACCAGGCUUCAGAGAACUUUACCAGCAGGCCGGUCUUUCAUUGCCAUGGAUACCAAGGACAUCCCUCAGAUUUUGCAACAGAUCUUCACCUCCACCAUGUUGUCAAGUGUUUAA